ACCAGCCUAAGUUCCGGCAUCAAGAACAGGCUUCCCGUGUUUCCCCUUCUUCCAAUUCAAUUUCGUCUGCUCUUAUUUACAAUUAUUUUUUCACCGUCAGUCAUUUACUUAAAAAAUUGUCUUUUUCUGCAAUAAAUACAAUGUUCAAGCUUCCGAUUCUCGGUCGACUAAUAAGGACAGUAGGGGUUGCACAUACUGAGUUAGUAAAUGUCAUGUUCUCAAGAGGUUUACGAAGCAACUUUCCGGCCGAACCAGAGUAUCUUGAUAUUCAAGGUCCACAAGUACCCCUGUAUGAGCCUCUAAAUGUCCAAAUAAAAUCGUAUGACUAUACAGUUUUGGAAACAUUUUCAAGCUACAUACAUAAAACGGCAGAAAAUUUGGAAAUUGAAGUCGAAGAUUGCUGGGCAACUCCUUGUCAAAAGUAUAAAAUCCAAACCUUUAAACCAUUCAGUACUCAGGUUGACAACCAAUACAAUUUGAACUUGUAUGAGAGAAAUGUUCAAGUUGUUGACUUACCUACAACGAAAGCACCUCUAUUUUUCCACGUAAUUCAAGCUGCGUUACCCGAAGGAGUAAGAAUGAACGUCAAGUUGCAUGACGACACUGACGAACUGCUUCGUUACGUCCCAGAUUUGGAAUUAACACAACUCAAGAGUGAACUCGAUGCUUUGGGCGGGCCAUCAAAAAGCAAGCGAUAAUGUCUUUUAGUUUAUUUUUGAUGUAGGAAUUAAAGGAAUACAUUGUAAAAAAUAA